CCUUUUUUGUUGCUUCAAAAUCAGAGCAAAACAGCACGAAAUUGUUUUUAACAUUAUAUAAAGAAAAAAUUAUAUUUACUGCAAAGCGUGAGUUUUCUCAAUAUAGAUCUACGCAUAGGUCAGUGUUCACCAAAACAACUACUCGUUAUCAAAGGUUUGUGUACUUCUGUCAUUGAUUUAUUUGCAGGUCGCUCAGUAUCUGAAUUAUCAAACCUUUGCUAAAAUAAGUACAAUUAUCGAUCCAAAAUGGCAAUUGAAAUUACCGAAACGAAUCAUCGAUUUGAAAAAGUCGAGGGCGAGUAUUUAGCAAACGGAUUUCUCAUGUUCAAUUUCUACGGCCGCGAUUACAUGAAGAAAAUCCCCGAUUUCCCUUGGGACCCCAAAGAUACCCUACUCGCGACUUACCCAAGAAGUGGGACUACUUUCACGCAGCGUAUUGUUUCCGGCUUGAAGUUUGGCCCUGAAGCAAUUUCGGAUCAAAAUUUUGACCUUUUCGAGCAUUUUCCUCAUUUGGAUUUGAACUGUUUCCACGAAAAUUUAAAUUAUUGUGGAUACGACAAAGCUCUCGCAAAAGAACCUCCGAGGUUUGUGAAAACGCACGUUCCCCUGUCAGUAGCGCCGAAAAGUGUUGACGAGUUCGGAAAAGUGAUCUAUGUGUUACGUAAUCCACGAGACGUGCUCGUGAGUCUGUUCCAUUUCAAUAAGAACGACACGACAAUUAAGUUCAACUUCGACUUCGACACUUUCUUCGAGAUGUUUCUGGAAGGAUGCGUGAUGAAUGGCCAUUGGUUCAGAUACAACUCCGAAUGGUUAGACUUCUGCAACCGGAACGCAAAUAGAAGCAUCAUCAUCACGUAUGAACAAUUGCUGAGCAAUUUCGAAAACAACGUGACCAAGUUAGCUCAGUUCCUGGAAAUACCAGUCACCGAUGAGCUCAUAUCAAAAGUCAAGGUCGAGACAAAUGUAGAAAAAAUGAGGAAAACUACCAUUUGCGGAGGUCAAGAUGAUUUUGUGCGAAAGGGAAUUUCGGGUGAUUGGAAGAAUCACUUCUCAGCCGAGCAGACUGAAAAGUUUGACUCCUGGGUGGAGAAAAUGAAGGAAAAAUACCCUAAACAGUUAUUCGAUCUAAUUGGAGAAUAGAGAAAAAAUUCCGUUCAAGGUCUAUUUUCUGCUGCAAGAACUUUGUAAAAUUUCGUUUCUGAUUUGUACUGGUAUUAAUUUGAGUAAUUGAUUAUUUACAAGUAUUGGCAAUUUAUAAAUAUUUACUCUGCUUUCAAAUCA